GUGAGGCGGCGCGCCGGCUAGCGCGCUCGCCUGCCGUUCGGCCUGGAGCUCCCACACCGUCUCCUCAUCCCGGGAGCAAUUUCAUCAAUAAAAAGAUGUCCCCAAACAUGUUUACCCAUUGUGUGUGUUACCGUAAUAUGUCAAUUUAGUCGCAUAACGUAUGUGAAUGGACACGUGAUUAAGCUGCCGUAGUGUCUUCCUUUGUAGUGUGACUGUCUUUAGUGCUGGUUGUUUUUGUGAGAUUGAAGCGUAGCACUGUGAAGAGCUAUGUAAAUAAGGUCUAUUAUUAAAGCAAUAAUAUAAACUAAAAACCCCAUUAAGGACGCUGUAGAAAGUGCUAAAAUAGUAAUAGCUAUUUUUUUUUAAAAAAGUAUCUUCCAUUAAAAAGUAUAAAUAACUUUAAAAUAAACUGUGCAAAAUGAUCUCAAAGGUCCGCACCGUGAAAAUUCAAUUACAUAAAUUGAAGAUUAUCUCAUCGAGUACUGUCGAGGGAAAAAGUGUUGCGAAUUAAAAUUUGAGAAAUGUUAAUAAAAUGCCGCAACGCGCUUCGUCAUCGUCCAGCUUGAUGCGCCCUUUCGUGGUGCUCGCUUUGCCCGGAAUGUACUUGCUGUACAAGUAUAACCAAUACCGACAGCAGCAAAUGGAGACCGCGCGGCGCCGCGUCACCGAGCGGGAGCUUAUGCACCUCAACACUAAAAUUGACAAAUUGCUCAAUAAAUUAGAAGAAAACGAACCUGAACUCGCCACAUCACCUGAAGAAGAAUGUGUAAUAUGCGUGAACGCGAAAGCGACGAUGCAAACAUCGCCAUGCGGACAUCGUGUGGUGUGUCGACGAUGUUUCGUGAAGACCAUCCAGAUGGCUGUGAGCCAAAGGCUUUUACCACUUCGCUGUGUUAUCUGCCGAGCCAAGAUCCUGCGACUGAGGCAGGCGCCUCGACUUGUUACAAGUAAAAGUUGGCAGGUAUCAACCGGCAGUGGAAAGUCAUGGGGCGUGCCGGGAUCAGUUUCGUCAUAUUCAGUGGGUGCCCGCUCGGUGCCUGCCUCCGCCUCUUUGUACUCUGUCACUAGUGGUGAAUCUUCAUUAUCAGGAGUGUCUUCCGUGUCUUCAAAUAGUGGAGGCAAUGUCAGCAACGCUGGCUGUUCCACAAAGCUAUGUGGCGGUGCCAAAUGCGGUGGAGCGUGUCUCGGAGCAGUACCUCGUGUUCCAGCUACUUCAGCUCCGCCUCGACCUCGACAGCCAGCUUCAAACUCCCUGCGGCGAUCGCAACACCAUAGCAUGAAGGCUCGUCUGCAAGAUUAUCAAAUGCAUAGUUAUACUGGCGGGCCUGCUGGAGAACCAUCUGGCAGACUGCCUCCUAUUCGAGAAUUUCAAAGAGAAUUUCGAGAAGGCCGCAGAGAAAGUGCAGCUACUGCAUCUGCAUCAACUAGAAUAAGAUGUGCGCAAAAAAUUGUUACACAAUUAGAAACAUCUCCACAGAAGAAUAAGCAACACUUCUUCAGACCUCUUAAGCCGACGAACAAGGACGACCCGCCAAAGUCAAGAGAUCAUAGUAAAGAGACUGAUAAGAAAAAAGAAAACCCCAAAGCGAAACCUAAGAAAGAGGAGAAGAAGAAAAAAGACGACGAAAACACAAAACAAUGUGAUAAAAAUAAAAAGGACGAAAGUAAUGACAACAAAAAAAAUGAAAAUUCAGAAAGAAAGAAAGAAGAGAAACUUAGGCUUAAAGCAGAGAAGGAAGCCAAAAAAGAAGCAAAAUUACUAGCUAAGGAAGAAGAACGACAAGCUAAGCUGCUCGCCAAAGAAGAAGAACGACAGGCUAAAUUAUUGGCAAAGGAAGAAAAGAAGAAAGCCAAAAAAGAGGCGAAAAUGGCAGCACAAGCCGAAAAAGAAAAAAGUAAAGCUCGUCUGCAAGAUUAUCAAAUGCAUAGUUAUACUGGCGGGCCUGCUGGAGAACCAUCUGGCAGACUGCCUCCUAUUCGAGAAUUUCAAAGAGAAUUUCGAGAAGGCCGCAGAGAAAGUGCAGCUACUGCAUCUGCAUCAACUAGAAUAAGAUGUGCGCAAAAAAUUGUUACACAAUUAGAAACAUCUCCACAGAAGAAUAAGCAACACUUCUUCAGACCUCUUAAGCCGACGAACAAGGACGACCCGCCAAAGUCAAGAGAUCAUAGUAAAGAGACUGAUAAGAAAAAAGAAAACCCCAAAGCGAAACCUAAGAAAGAGGAGAAGAAGAAAAAAGACGACGAAAACACAAAACAAUGUGAUAAAAAUAAAAAGGACGAAAGUAAUGACAACAAAAAAAAUGAAAAUUCAGAAAGAAAGAAAGAAGAGAAACUUAGGCUUAAAGCAGAGAAGGAAGCCAAAAAAGAAGCAAAAUUACUAGCUAAGGAAGAAGAACGACAAGCUAAGCUGCUCGCCAAAGAAGAAGAACGACAGGCUAAAUUAUUGGCAAAGGAAGAAAAGAAGAAAGCCAAAAAAGAGGCGAAAAUGGCAGCACAAGCCGAAAAAGAAAAAAGUAAAUAAUAUAAUACCAUUCAAAUUUUUACAUCGUAGAAACUUUUAGCCGUCUUUAGGUACUAGAUUCGAAAGUCAUUAUUGUCGGAGGAGGAUAAAAUUUUAUGAGUAUUGUAAAUUAAAUAAAUAAAUUAUUGUAAUUACUUAGCAUGAUUUAAUUUCUAUUUUUUACAGGUCAUUUUGUCAUCAUUUUUUAUUAUUUUAUACGCUAAGACAUUAUAUUAUUAAUAGUUUUAGAUUUAGACAGUGAUUAUGUUAUAAGUUGGCAUUGUUUUUUUUCUUAAAGUUUUCACCGAUAAAAUAUAAUUCGAUAUUAAAUAUACAUAGUUUAAAACAAAUGUUAUUUAAAGCAAAUUAAAUAAAUAGAUAUUGGGUCUAGUUGGAACUCUACAAACUGCGAAGACUGAACGAACGAGAUUUUGAAAUCAUAUCGUUUUGUAACUUGUGUGUAACAACGUGUUGUAGUUAAGAGCUUUGUGCAUGAUUGUAUUGCCAAAGAAUUUAUUUAUAAGAUCAUAUUAUGAUACGACCCAUUUCAAUAUGUCGUUAUUAAUUUAAUGAUAAAUAUAGAUAUGCUAGAUAUUAUUUUAAUAAAUUUUGGCUUUCCGCAGAAUAUCUGCACAACAACAAAUAGUUGACGUAAACCUAGACUUGGGAAAACCAAUGUUAAGUUAUUUUUUUUAGAAUUUCUCUGCUUCUAUUCAAGACAAGUAUUUAUAAAUAAAUUAAUGUAGAGUCAUAUCAAGUUGAUUUAGCAUUAAACUAUGUACCUAAGUGUUAAGAUUUCUUUUAUAAGUUUUCCUUGUCGAAAUCUAUUGUCAAUCGUUAGAAAU